ACUAGGUGACUCCGCCCCUCCCGAUUUCCUCCUGGCUGCAGGCGACAGAGCUGAGCCAAGCGUUUACAGGGCAGCUGUUGCGGUGAGGAGGGGCUGGGGUGCCCAGCGUUUUGGAUCUCCCACUCUGGCCCGGCCCUGGAAUACCACAUAGAGGCCUUGGGACCUGAUUCAUCCCGUCCAGACAGCCCUAGAGACCUGAGCGACUGAGGCCUGGGAUCUGGACGCCGGAAUUUCCUGCGCGGUUCUGGACGCCUUGCCCUGGGGUAAGGGGCCAUGCGGGACUCUGGUCGCAGAUUCCAAAUGAAAAUGUUUGAGAGCGCUGACUCUACAGCCACAAGAUCUGGCCAGGAUCUCUGGGCUGAAAUUUGUUCCUGUCUGCCAAAUCCUGACCAAGAAGAUGGUGCCAACAAUUCCUUCUCAGACUCCUUUGUGGAUUCUUACCCUGAAGGUGAAGGCCAGAGGGAGGUGGCUGACUUUGCCGUCCAGCCAGCUGUAAAGCCUUGGGCUCCCUUGCAGGAUUCAGAAGUGUAUUUAGCAUCUCUAGAGAAGAAGCUAAGAAGAAUCAAAGGUUUAAAUCAGGAAGUGACUUCCAAGGACAUGCUUCGAACUCUGGCCCAAGCCAAGAAGGAAUGCUGGGAUCGGUUCCUCCAGGAGAAGUUAGCUUCAGAGUUCUUUGUGGAUGGACUUGAUUCUGAUGAGAGCACCUUGGAACAUUUCAAGAGGUGGCUGCAGCCGGAUAAAGUAGCCGUCAGCACAGAGGAGGUCCAGUAUCUGAUUCCUCCAGAGUCACAGGUUGAGAAGCCAGUGGCCAAGGACGAGCCAGCAGCCGGGGACAAACCAGCAGCAGCAGAGCAGUAAAUUACACACACUCACACACGUGGAGCAGCAGAGCAGUAAAUUACACACACUCACACACGUGCAGCAGCUGUCUCGGGUCCAGAGGGAGCAGCGUGGAGCUCAGCGGCAGCAGCAGGGAGAAAUCCACUGAGGGAAAAAACCCAAAUUUCACUCCACAAAGAAAACAGCUGCAAGCCCCCAGGGACUUACUUGGGGCUGGCAUGUGUGACUGUCUUGGGUGAAGUGACUGACCCAGUGCACGCUGGAUCAAAAUGCUGCUUUCCUCUGUGUCUCAGCUUGACUGAGCUCUGUCACUGCAGAUUAGAAGUCUGCUAAGGAUCGAAUGUGAAAGUACUUGGAGAAACUGAGGCCCCUCAUGUGUAAUGUGUAAGUUAAGUGAGCCAUAUAUUUUCUUGCCUCUUCUGGACAUUCAUGCUUGUGUCCCAAGCAUUCCCUUGGUGAACUGUCACGGGUGAGUGGGGCCAGUAAGAGUGUCCUUGAAUCCAAGCCCCAUCUGGGGCUUCUCUAACAAAUCUGUAGUAAGUGUACGGACUCCAGAGAGAGAGGCUGGCCUUCUUUCUCUCAUUUGUUCCUUGCGGAGAAAAGAAGUGUGAAAAUGUGGGUGUUUAUGUCUGUGUAUAUAUAUUUUUUAUUUCAUGCAUGGCUUCUCCUCCAACUUCCUCCUGCACUUAAAAAGGGCCAGGUUCCAAAUUAGACUUGUAAAUAUGGUGUUAGUGUUUGACACUACUCCUGGAUAGUUCCAAACGUCUUCCUUGUGGCAGCUUUCCUGGCUGAGCCCGAGGUUCCCUCCCUGUUUAUCGUGUUCAUGAUCAGUAUAUGUUGUCCAUGUAAAACUUUUCUCAACGGAA